UACGUAACGUCUGAUGGGCGGCGCCACUGGUUUAAACUCUAACUGCCAAUCAGCGAUGACAGGGACUCGCGGUUACUUCAAGUUGUUGUUUACUUUUCCCAGAAAGGACGCCGCAUUCAAAUCGGAUUAGACGCUCGAUAUUGGCCGUUUGCCGGAGUGGAUUCUCCUCAGAACUGCAGACAAACGUGACUGCUCUUUACGUCCCGUCCGUUAAUCUCGUGUCACGAAAGUGCUGCAUUAUUGAAGUGGUCCAAGAUGCCGAUGAUACUGCGAUCCAGAAGGUCCAUCCGCCCCAGUCAGGAAAGUGACGAAGACUCAGUGGACACACCGCAGAGAAGGUCGGUCCGCCGGCACAGGAGAACCAACGUUACGUAUGAGGAAUCAGAUGAGUCAGACUCUGAGUCUGUCCAAGUGAUGGAGACACAACAAAGUCCCCCUGCUGAGCUGGAGGAGGAAACUGCUGAGGAGGCUGAUGUAACGGAACUGAAGUAUUGUAGUGUUGUGCUGGAGCGUCUGCGAGCUGAUGAAAAGGCUGCAAGUAAAGAGUUUGAGGAGAAAGAGGACAUGAACCGCAAAGGUGGGAAACCUGUCUCCAGAAUCCCCACUUUCCAUAAACGACCUACCAGCACGAAGGAUCAUGAGUUGCCUGUUCCCAAAAAAGAUACCCCUGCCCAUGUAGCUGAGCCCCCCGAGAAAGUUGGGGCUGGGAGUGUGGAAGCAUCAAAGUUCAGGCUACCUGAUGUCAGAGAAACAGCACUCCCACUACCAUCAGUCCGCGCCCCAAAGGUCAGCCUUGAAGCUCCUUCUCUGUUCAGCAGCACAGAACAAGCUACAGCAGCAGCAGUCCAUGUUCCCCAGACACUUAGUGCGCCCAAGAGCUUGAGGAUGUUUGAAUCUGCGCCGUUCUCUUCUAUGACUGCAAGCCCCAGGCCGGCCCUCAGACCAGAGCGAGGAUUGGAGCAACAUGAACCAGAGCUGGACAAGAGCAAAACGUUUGAAGUAGAAGCUGCCACCGCACAGGAGGCUCCCAUAUCUCACCUUCCACACAAGGGCUCCAUCAGCCAAAAGCCAUUUGAAGACACAGAAGAGAAAUGCGACAUAGAGGUUGAAAGCAGGAUUACCCUCACGCCCUCUGGAGAUGCUGAAGAGACACAGUCUGCAGACAUCGUUUAUGCAGCUGAGGUCAGCCAAGAGGAGGCUAUUAUGGACGAACAACCACCAUGGGAGACGGAGCCGACAAACAUACUUGAACUUAAGGACAGUAGGUCUUCAUCAGAGUGUGAGGAUGAUUUGGAAGAUGAAAAAUCUGAGGGCCAGGAUUCAGGGGAGGUGAUGGAGCAUCAUGAACCACUUAUGAGCAAGCCGGAGAGUCCACAUUUUGAGGAGGAGAGAGCCGAUGUUGAUGAAUCAACUCCUGCUGUACCACCAGAGAAGCCUGCUAAAGCUCAGUCAACCAAUUCUGCCAAGCCCACUAAGGGGUCAGGAUGCUCCAGUUUUGCCCUCUUCUGCCUCCUGCCCACCACUUUGCUGCUAUUAGGGGGGUUUGGCCAGCAUGUCUGGCACUAUGGGCUUCCCAUGUCUGUGGCUCAGCUCACAGCUCAGCUGGAACUGCACUUCCUGGAGGGCUUUGGCUUGGUACCAGAGCCUUGCAGCACUGAUUGUCGAGUGCACCUGGUGGAGAGCAUCCCUGUGGGUCUCUAUCCGUCCUCUGCCUCAUCCAGAGGGAGCAUCGCAGACAGCUGGUUACAUCUGCUGGACAAAGCCAACAGCUCGGUCCAUAUUGCUGCUUUCUACCUAACUCUACGAAGCAGCGAUUUGGCGCGCUCCUCUGACCCUUCUGACUCUCAGGGAAAAAUGGUCUUUGAACAACUUAAACAACUUGAAUCCAAAGGGGUGAAACUCCAGAUUGCUGUGAACGCCCCCCAGACCUCAAGUGAAGAUACAGAUGAAUUGGCUGCAACAGGUGCAGAGGUCAGAGAGGUAGACCUCGAGGCUGUAACAGGAGGCAUUGUCCACACCAAGCUGUGGGUGGUGGAUCAAAAGCACUUCUACUUGGGUAGUGCUAACAUGGACUGGCGUUCUUUAAGUCAGGUGAAGGAGGUCGGCCUGUCUGUGGAGGACUGCAGCUGCCUGGCUCAGGAUGCCUUUCGGAUCUUCGAGGUGUACUGGAACAUCGGUGGUGCGGAUAACGGCUCCCUGCCGCUGUACUGGCCUGCUCGUCUCUCUGCCCUGUCCAGCGCCCAGAAUCCCCUGCGCCUAAAGUUCAAUGGAGUGCCUGCUCAGGUCUACCUGUCUAGCGCCCCUCCGCAGAUCUCAGCCCGUGGCCGCUCCGAUGAUCUCACUACCAUUCUGUCUGUCAUCGAUGACGCCCAGAAAUUCAUUCACAUCUCUGUCAUGGACUAUCUGCCUAUGUCUGAGUUCACAGAGCCGAUCAGGUUCUGGCCCGCCAUCGACUCGGCCCUGCGUGCCGCAGCCUGUACCAGAGACGUUCAGGUUCAAAUGCUGAUCAGCUGCUGGGAGCACUCAUCUGCCUCCAUGUUCACCUUCCUGCAGUCCCUGGUGGUGCUCAACAGACCUCAUUUCAAAUGUGACAUCGAUGUGAAAAUCUUCACAGUGCCUUCAACAGCGGAGCAGAUGAAGAUCCCCUAUGCACGAGUCAAUCAUGCCAAGUACAUGGUUACUGACAGAGUGGUCUACAUCGGGACGUCCAACUGGUCGGAGAACUACUUCACCCAGACAGCUGGCGUGGGCCUGGUGGUGAAUCAAACUGGCUCUGAGGUUCCAAAAGGCAAAGAGACUCUGCAGAGCCAAGCAGAGGAGCUCUUCCUCAGAGACUGGACGUCUGAGUAUGCCAGCAGUCUCUCUGUUGACGAUAUGCAUGUCUGCCCUCGCCGCAGACACUGAGGGUUAGUUGUUUAAUAAAGCACAUUGCAUCGUAGAUGAGCAUCUUGCUUGCUCCUGCCACUUGAACUUUGACUUGUGCAGAAUCCGCUUGCUGUAUUGUGUGAAUGAACACGCUUUAUUUUAUUGCUGUUCCUUUACCAACUGCCUGUUUUCUUUGUAUAUAAUUGCGUUUUUAUAUUUGUUUCAAACAUGUUAUUUUUAUACUCUGUGGUUCUGACGAUUUUCUUACAUGAGCUAAGGUGCAGGGGAAUUCGCUUUGUACAAUUAAUUUCAUGCCUGGAGCAUUGUGUAUAUUUUCCCUUAAGAUGUCGACGGCAAGCUUCAACGAUCUAAUGCAGGAAUUAAAACAUUCCAAAGAGGUGUAUGCACCGUGUUUACACUGCUGGGGCUAUCAGCUGUUAUUGUUUAUGUGUAGUGAGACUAUGUAUGUCAUCCCAACAGUACAAGAUUGUUGUAAAUAUCAGUUUUCCAUUCAUAGCUAACGGCUGGCUGACAAUCUGAAUGUGUACCAGAACAGACAGAUAAUAUCUCACUGAGAUCAGAGUGAGCAUGCUUUGUUUUUUCGAUAGAAGAUCUGUAUGUGGAAAAACCAAACACUUUCCUUGCCUGCCAUCUGUGUUUUACUGUAUUGUUAGUUACUAAAUAUUUCUGCCCUUCAUUACUACGGUUAUCUAUUAUAUGCUUGGCACCUGUUUGUGUUAUCAGUGGACAUGUUCCCUGACUAACAGAGCUGUUUACGGGAUGUCUCAAUGUAAAUAAAUAAUGCUUUUUUGUUCGUGA